CGACCAUCGUCCAUUUCGAGCCCUGUGCAGCACGACAACCUCCUCCCAUUCCUCGCACAUAACUUUCUUGUUAAAUUUCAUAAAUGGGUCGUGUAUUGCUCAAGGUUAUUAUCUUAGGCGACAGUGGUGUCGGAAAGACGUCACUCAUGAACCAAUAUGUGAACAAGCGGUUCAGCAACCAGUACAAGGCCACCAUUGGUGCCGACUUCCUUACAAAAGAAGUUAUGGUGGAUGACCGUCUUGUCACAAUGCAGCUCUGGGAUACCGCCGGACAGGAGCGCUUCCAAUCUCUAGGUGUGGCCUACUACCGCGGUGCAGACUGCUGUGUGCUUGUAUAUGACGUGAACAGCGCUAAGUCGUUCGAGACGCUCGACAGCUGGCGUGAUGAGUUCCUUAUCCAGGCGAGCCCGCACGACCCGGAGAAUUUUCCCUUUGUCGUGUUGGGGAAUAAGAUCGAUGUGGAGGAGAACAAGCGACAGGUAACGCAGAAGCGUGCUAUGACGUGGUGUCAAUCAAAGGGCAAUAUCCCUUACUUCGAGACUUCUGCUAAGGAGGCUAUCAAUGUGGAGCAGGCAUUCCAGACCGUCUCGAAGAAUGCGCUGCAACAAGAAGCAGAAGAACAACUGUAUGUUGAUUACCCGGAUCCAAUCCAGAUUGACCGGGAGAGCACACAAAACUAUGGGUGCAACUGUUAAUGGAUAAUCUAUGGACUGGGAUUUUCUUCUGUUGGUCAUGCUGUCUACGGCAUAUUUGCCGUUUGUUACCCCUUGCAAUUACGUCGAGUAAUACUUGUUCUCUAUCGCGUACAUC